AUGAACCCCAACUCACAGAUGGUUGGCGAAAAUGACGCCAAGAAGCAUUGGAAGGGCAUCAAGGCUUUGAUUGCAGGAUGCAAGAAGCACAAUGUCAAGCUGAAUUUGAAUAAUUGCUGUUUUGAUUUCUUCGACCGGCCGGUUCUGGCCUUGGCAAGGUUGAUGGGUGAGGAAAGAUCUGCUAUCAGCGAGGAUAGAAUGAAAUCUAUCCUGCGCUUGCCCCCACCCAUGGACAAGGACAUAUUGGCUUCCUGGUAA